AUGCAAGGUUACAUGAAGGCCAAGGCAGUCUGGUCAGGCCAGGAUGCCAGGGGCAUGGGAAACUUUGAUCAGGCAGUCUUGGAGAUCAACCCAAAUAAUCCCAUUGUGCAAGACUUGGAUCGAAUGGUCAAGUUCGACAAUGAGUCCAAUGAACUGGAGAACUCAGGGUUACUCAUGUACGGCGUGGCCAGUAUGACGUCCAGUUUCAAUGUUGGGGAUGUCAAGGGAUUCACCCAGGGUGUCAUGUCAUUGAUGAACGAUCAACAAAACGAGGAUUCAUCCACACCAAAAGAUGCAGAAGUGAUUCUCAUUCCAGAGAUCAUCCCCGAGGUACCAGUGUAG